AUGUCUCCUUUGGCACCCUCCCUACCACUAAACGAAUUCCUCAAAUACAUUAAAGCCUUCAACGCCAAAGACUACCAAACCCAGCACAACUUCUACUCCAAAGAUGUGACUCUCACCAUCCCCGAUCCCGAAAUCGGCACUCUCGUUGGAUCUAAGGGCAUUAUGGACCACUAUACAGUAGUACACGACGCCGCACGCGAAACCGUUGUCCCGAUGCUUGUCAUGAUCGACGAGAAGAGGAUUUUCUUCAGCAUGGAGGCGUAUUUCUACUAUAUCAAAGCCACCGAUAAUGCGGUACACAGCCACAAGGUCAAGCCUGGCGAUGUGAUUCGGGUCAAGGUGUGGGCUAUUUACGACAUGAAAGAUGGAAAGAUGGCGAAGAUUGUGUGCAAUGCGCUUGGUGAUGAGUUGUUGGGCCAGGUUGAUGUGGAUGAGAUGAUUCGGGAGAGCUGGAGUCGUGUUGACGAUGAUGUUAAGGCUGCUUGGGCUGAGAUAUCGUCUGAGUGA